AUGUUUACAGAAAAUGCCUUUAUUAGGAGGAGGCAACAACAUGUUCACAGAAAUCACAAUUAUGGAAAAAUUUUGACAAAGGCAAAAGAGGAAAAAAAGAAAAAGGAAGAAGAACAUGCUGUUGAACAAGCUGCAAAGGAGGCAAGUCAGGAGAAUCGUGAAGAAGAUGAAAACAAUAUUAAGGGAAAAGAGGCAAUGAAUGAUCAGGAACACAAUAUCAAACACAAAGAGGAGAAAGCUUAUACAUCCAAACACACAAAUACCAUGGUGAAGGAGACUCUCCAAAUCGACGAUGUUCAUCAAGAGGAGAGCCAUGAGGAACAGGCUCCAAAGGAUAAAACAAAUGAGACAGAUGAACGUGAAAAGUUGGCUAAUUAUCAACUCAGAAAUCAGACCAUGAAGCAGGAUAAAGAUCAAAAUCUGGAAACAAAGUAUCAUUACACAAAGGCUUCAAGCGAGGAGAUGAACAACAAGGAUUGCCAAAAACAGAGAAGCAGCUCCAAUCAGCCAGACUGUGCAUCAGGCUCAUCAAGAGUUCCUACUGGAAUAAGAGAACUGUCAGGUAUAAAUCUGAUAGUUGACUUGGGAUUUGUUGAACAUGUUGAAGAAACUCCAGACACUCAUCCGGAAACUAAUAAUGUGGAAGAACAAUCAGUGGUGCAGUCUAAGAUGCAAGAGCACUUUAGAACAGCCCACAGACAGAAAAAACACCCUUCAAGAACAUGA